CCCCCCCCGCCUCCCUCCACACUUCUUCCUAUGUGGCGCACAGCUCGGCAGACCGCGAUGGAGGAAUUGAACUAGACAACGUGAGUUUCUUUCUAGAUACGGAUUCGAGUUGUCAGCUGAGCCAAAAGCUUCCUAGUAAACACAGCGCUGCAAACACAUUCCAGAGCUGGGCAACCUCAAGAAGGCGUCUCUGGAGAAAGCCACCAAACACCCCUCCCACCCCGCUCCCAAGGGCUCUGAGUUACGCUCAUGACACGUUUGGCACUCCAGCCUGAUUUUUCUGCUGUCACAUGUACAGUAUCUGAGUCUGCAGCCCUCAGCGGAUUGUAAAUCUGACUUCCUGCCUCCUCGCUCCCCGCCUCGCUAUAGUGAGUCUCGCAAGCAUUCAGGUUGAAAGUCGAAUAGGUUUAUUUUCGACUCGUAUGUGAUGAAUUCCUUUUUUGGAGGAAUCUUUCUCAGUCUUGAGUACAUUUGUUGACAAACUCCCAAGACAGCCCCUCCUCCCCCACACUGUUGAUUAUGUUGGGCCUGCGACAUGUGAAAACACAAGCAGCCGGGACUGGCAGCUCACACGAAAGUCUCUAAUGAUGCCAUAACAAGCCGUAUGGCUGGACUCAGGUACUGAACGGACCAAGGAAAUCCUCAUGUCCACAUUAAUCAGAACGUGAACUCUUCCACACAAACGAAUAUCGGGCGUACCCAGGAGGUUCCCGGAGCUUUCCGUUAAGCCGUCUGAAUUCUUUUAUUUCACCCACGGCCGUGCAUGGUGCAAAGAUGCCCCAUAACAACGCCCGCUGUUCUUGACCGAGGAGGAGGAGACCGGGUAGGAAAUGACAGAAUGCCUGACAGAAUACAAAGCGCUGGUGACCCCGUCCACGCGGAACGGCCACCGCGUCUUCAGCUACACGCUAGAGAGCCACACCGCGGCCGCCUUCGGCAUCAUGAACGAGCUGCGUCUGGAGCGCCGGCUGUGCGAUGUCACGCUGCGUGUGCGCUACAAGGACCUGGAGGCCGUAGACUUUGUGGCCCACAAGGUGGUGUUGGCCUCCUCGUCCCCGGUCUUCAGGGCCAUGUUCACCAACGGACUGAGGGAGUGCGGUAUGGAGCUGGUGCCCAUCGAGGGGAUCCACCCCAGGGUUAUGGACCGGCUGAUUGAGUUUGCCUACACGGCCAGCAUCUCUGUGGGGGAGAAGUGCGUGAUCCAUGUGAUGAACGGCGCCGUCAUGUACCAGAUAGACAGCGUGGUCAAGGCCUGCUGCGAUUUCCUCGUCCAGCAGCUCGACCCCAGCAACGCCAUCGGCAUCGCCAACUUUGCUGAGCAGAUUUCCUGCAUGGAGCUCCACCAGAAGGCCCGCGAAUACAUCUACAUGAACUUCAGCCAGGUGGCAACCCAGGAGGAGUUCUUCAACUUGUCCCACUGCCAGCUGGUCACCCUCAUCAGUCGAGACGAGCUCAAUGUGCGCUGCGAGUCCGAAGUCUUCCAGGCAUGUGUGGCGUGGGUGCGCUACGACCGGGAGAACCGGCGGCCGUACGUCCAGGCGCUACUCCAGGCCGUCCGCUGCCACUCCCUCACCCCCAACUUCCUGCAGGCCCAGCUCCAGUCUCUGGACUGGGAUCCCCAGUGUAAAGACUACUUGGCUCAGAUCUUCCAGGACCUCACCCUCCACAAGCCCACCAAAGCCAUCUCUUGGAGAACACCCAAGGUGCCGCAGCUCAUCUACACAGCCGGAGGUUAUUUCCGUCAGUCCCUCAGCUACCUGGAGGCGUAUAAUCCCUGCACGGGAGCCUGGCUGCGGCUGGCUGACUUGCAGGUACCCCGCAGUGGCCUAGCAGCCUGUGUGAUCAGUGGGCUUUUCUACGCUGUGGGUGGAAGAAACAACGCGCCCGAUGGAAACAUGGACUCGAAUGCAUUGGACUGCUACAAUCCUAUGAACAACUGCUGGCUGCCGUGUGCACCCAUGAGCGUACCGAGGAACAGAAUCGGAGUUGGUGUCAUCGAUUGCAUGAUAUAUGCAGUUGGUGGAUCGCAUGGGUGCAUUCAUCACAAUGGCGUUGAAAGGUAUGAUCCAGAAAGGGACCAGUGGCAGCUGGUCGCCCCCAUGUUGACGCGCCGCAUCGGUGUCGGUGUAGCUGUCAUCACCCGGCUGCUCUAUGCCGUCGGGGGGUUCGACGGGGCCAACCGGCUCAGCUCCUGUGAGUGCUACAACCCCGAGAAGGACGAGUGGAACCCGAUGGCCCCCAUGAACACUGUGCGCUCGGGGGCUGGUGUGUGCUCUCUGGGGAAUCGCAUCUUUGUGAUGGGCGGCUACGAUGGGACCAACCAGCUGAACACAGUGGAGCGCUAUGAUGUGGAAACUGAUACAUGGAGCUUUGCUGCCUCCAUGAGCCACCGACGCAGUGCUCUGGGUGUAACUGCUUUACAUGGACGCAUCUAUGUGAUGGGAGGUUACGAUGGCAACACUUUCCUGGACAGUGUGGAGUGCUAUGACCCCGAGGAGGACACCUGGUCGGAGGUGACGCACAUGACGUCUGGGAGGAGCGGCGUCGGUGUGGCCGUUACCAUGGAGCCGUGCCAGAAAGAGCUGCCGCCGUGUCCGAAGUCCGAAAGGGAGAGCGGCGCCUCGUCACCAGGCUAUCAGUCGGCCAACUCCAGUUUCAGCACUUACAACAGCCAUCGGCAGGACGGGCCCUUCGGCAAAGGCGCAUGAAGCUCAUAGCGCGACCCGGUCUCACACUCUCACACGGACGGACGAGCACCCCCCGAAACUCCCCUCUGUCUUCCCAAAUCUAAAGAAAUUAGAGACUGAGGAGAAACACCACAUGCUGCCUCACUGGUUCUGGACAAGCAAAAAAGAAUUACAAACUAAAUGAGUAACACUUUAUUUUAAAAGUGCUGUGAAAAGAAUAAAUUAUUUCAGUGUCUCCAUUGGACCAUCUGUAUGACCCUAGAUCCUACAGUCCACUUUUCUACACUGGUAAAUUUAUUAAUUUGUUUGGGAAACUGUGUUCUGCCAAAUUUGAGAGACCUCAGGCCGCCUCAGAUGUGCGUCAGAUCUUGCAUUUGAAGUCUUCAGUCAGACCUUCAUUUCGCAGGUUUGAGCCAUGGGAGGAAAGGGCUGCUUAAAGGUCCGUUUACUGGCUCAAAGAGCCAUCAGAGGCUCUUUACUCUUCAAGCAAAGAGAAAGAGAGAACAAAGAAGUAAUUCAAAUGAUCCCAUUAUUUAUAUAUAUAUAUAUAUAUAUAUAUAUAUAUAUAUAUAUAUAUAAAUAAAAGCAGCAUUUGUGACAGCAUAGGCCGAAGAGGUCAAAGUGCCAUUACACGGCCUGUGGGCAUUACUGUAGUCAGUAUUUUGAGUUGAGGCGCUUUUUAAAACCGUUGUUUGCUUGAAUGUGUCCCAAGUCAGAUUCAGCAACAUCUCUGAACCGCACAAACUUGUUAAUUUCAGCCCGAUGAAUGCUAUCUGUUAUGCAUUUAUUGAUGAUAAUAGUAAAAAGAUUUCCAUGGGCACCUUUCUAAGAACUUGAUGCAGUGUAUCACAAAAUCAAACGGUAAUAUAACAUAAUAUGUUAAUUCAAUAACAAGAUAUGAAGUCCUAAACCGGUGCAAAAGUCAAUGUGGUUGCAGCCGUUUGAGAAAUGUGCCAGUGUGUGUGGUCACCACAUUUAUUUAUUUGUAUUAUCUUAAUACAUUUAAUCUCAAAUUAAUUCAGAUUUAAGUCAUAAUUCUUCAGACAAAGGUUUUUCCUGGUGGAGAAAGGCAACGUAUCCGUACUACGGGCCUCUACCACCCUGAAAUUGUGUUUAUACCAAAGAAAAUCGAUGAUUUGUCACACAUCCUCUGAAAUCACUCGUACGUCUAAUGUUUCGCUUGAAUCUGUUCACACGAAUGGUUCUUGCAAGAGGCCCAAAGUCUCAAAUUCAAGUGCUUGUAGAGGAGAAGCAGGAUCUUAAAAUAGCUGCAUUGUAACAAAUAUGUUCUUCCACUAAAAUCCACUGCUCGAUUCAUAAGAUGUGAUUUAUUUAUUUUUUCCUUGGGAGAGGUGUGCAAGUGACGGUGUGUUGCUUCGUGUCGAGUCUGGUCCAGUAUAAUUGGGUGUAUGAAGUGCCACGAGAACGAAGAAACGGUCUUUGACUGUUAAGAGGAAACAGAAUACUGCAGCAAUUUAAAAACUCGUUAAAAAAUAUUUAAUAAGCCACACAAUUGAGACCCUGCCCCUACAGCUGACCUUUUGUCCUUCGCUUCCACCAGACCUCAGAAGAGAGGUGACCAUGUUUGUGCGUCGCAAUGCAUUAUUCAGACAUUGUACGACAACAACAAAGACUUGCUUCAAGAAGUGUAUUUGUAACGGCAAUUUAAGCUAAAAUGUUUUUUCAGUGACGUUUUGUACAUUGAUAUUCUCAGAAGUCUUGUACAGAAUCUCAGAUCUCACUUUUUUUAUUUAUUUGUUCAGGAUCCUCUUUUUGUUUAUUUUUCUCGUUCCUCUAAACUGACAUCAGCUUUGUACUGAAUUGGACUCUGGUGUUGUGUUUUUCAAUAACUAGCAUGCCUUGUAACUAAGUAGAAAUGCCUGUUAAUGCUAAUUUGGGAUGUUUGUAAAAAGAAAAUGCUUUACUUCUAAAGGGACAUUUUUGUUUUCUGUCCGUCAGUAGUUGGAAUGGAAAUUAGAAUAUUUAAGGUCUGCUUUGUACAUUUCUUUUUUUCUUUACUUUUUUUUUUUUUCAGCAAAAAUACCCUGUACAGUAAUACAUUGUAAAGUAAAAUAUAUGUUUGUUGUA